CGAACGCCGCCUCAUUCGUUCAUUCGCCCGGACCAAAACCCCCCAACCCCCAGCGGAGACCCAAGGCGACCGGCGGAACGGAUCCGGGCGGCCAUCGCCACCGGCAGCAGCGUCAGGAGCCGGAGCCGGAGGUGAUGGAGAGCAAGGAGAACGCCGCGCACUCGGCGCCGCCUCUUCGGCGGUCGCAAGGGAAGCGCAAGGCCCUGGUGGAGCUGCCGAUCAACGAAUGGCGGGACACGGAUGGCGGCUCGGCGCCGCGGCCGUCGAAGCGGAGGACGCGGUCGGCGGCGCGGGCGGAGGCCGAGGCGGAGGAGGCGAGGAAGCGGCGGGAGGAUGGGGACGCCGCGCGCGGGGCCAGUGUGGCCCGCCUUCUGGACCCGAAGCGGCAGGACGCAGGCGCCGCGCAGGCGGCCGUUGCGCCGUACCACGCGGACAUCGACCGGUACCUCCGGUCGUUGGAGGUUGAACCAUUGAGGAGGCCAAGUCCUGACUAUUUUCAGAAGAUCCAGAAAGCCAUCUCCCCCAAAAUGAGGGCUGUCCUUGUGGACUGGUUGGUAGAAGUGGCUGAUGAAUUCAAGCUUCAGGCAGAAACUCUUUACCUUGCAGUUUCAUAUGUUGACCGCUUCCUCACAAUGAAUGUCGUUACUCGGGACAAGCUGCAACUGCUGGGUGUCACUGCAUUGCUCCUUGCUGCCAAAUAUGAAGAAAUUGAGUCUUCUAAGAUGAAGGUGAACAGAUACACAGACAUUACGGAUAACACCUACACCAAACAGCAAGUGGUGAAGAUGGAGGCUGACUUACUGAAAUCUCUUAACUUUGAGAUUGGGGGUCCCACUGUAACCACAUUUCUACGGCGAUUCAUAGCUUCAUGUCGUGGAGGCAAUUGCACAAGCAGCGAAAAACUGGAGUCCAUGUGUAGCUAUCUCGCAGAAUUGAGCUUGCUGGACUAUGACUGCAUAAGCUAUCUACCAUCAGUACUUGCUGCUGCCUGUCUGUUUGUAGCCAGGUUCACAAUCCGCCCAAGGACUCAUCCUUGGAACUUGACGCUUCAACGUAACACGGGAUAUAAAGCCUUUGAUCUGCAGAAAUCCAUUUUCAUCAUACAUGAACUGCAGUUGAGCAUCCGGUGCCCGGACCAGAAAGCAAUCAGAGAGAAGUACGAGGACACCAAGUUCGGGUGUGUGUCGACAAUGGUAUCACCACAAGAAAUUCCUGCAUCUUUCUUUGAAGACUGCAAUAAGUGAAGCCUGAAGACUGGAGAAUGUUUUUGGAGUAACUCUGCAGGCGAUGCUGAAAAUAUUUUGGUCAUAGGAUAAUUUAAAUCGGUCAAGAAAUGUGUCAUUCCCAACUUUGUAAAUAGCUGCUACUGGUCUUACCGUUCCCGUCCCAUUGGCAAUACGCAUUGGUAUUUUGGUACGCAAUUGAAGCGCUUGUGUACAGAGGUUAGCACUACAACCAAAUCAGUAGCAUUGUCUGCACAUUUCAC